AUGGUGCGGAAAGUGUGGUUCCAGAUAAUGGAUGCAGCAACUCGCAGCGCGUACGCGGAUAUCAUGGCAGAUUCCUUGCAAGCACCUGAAGAUGCUGAGGAUAUUGGAGAAUUUCGCAAGGCAGUCUGGGACCAAACCAAGGUCAUUCUACCCUCAUAUGUGAUUACAGCUAAUUUGCGAAUCUACGCCAACCGAGCAGCUUACGACGAAGAAAAUGCCCAGCAUUUGGAUCUGAGGUCAUCGUUGAACAGUCUUGUUACGCAAGACACACUCAUCGUGGAAGUACUGACGCGCAGAGAAUACAAGAAUCCUAUCGGUAUGUUUUUUUAA